CCCGUGAUGCAUUGCUACACCCCACCCUAGCUAGGCUUGCUUGUCAAAGUUGACGUGUGGUUGCUGUGUCCUUUCAGCCUUGAGAGGGAAAUAGCAGUGAAUAAGCUGGGAAUUACAGGCUCCAGAUCACCAAAAACGCCACCGGGAUAGAUCCAGCACUAACGACCAAUCAUUCGUGGAUAUACAUAGGUGGCUGCUGCGGACACUGGACGUUCAUUUGUGGUGUCAUUUUCGCUGAACGAGGCCGCUGAAAGGCGCUCAUCGCGAAGCUUGAAGCUGUACUGAUGGGGUGUUUCGGAAACGGCCUUUCUGAUGAACAAAAAGAUGAAGAAAAAAAACGAAAGGAGGCCAACAAGAAGAUCGACAAGCAAAUUCAAAAGGAUAAACAAAUCUACAGAGCAACACAUCGGUUGCUGUUACUGGGUGCGGGGGAAUCAGGGAAAAGUACCAUAGUCAAACAGAUGAGAAUUCUUCAUGUGGACGGUUUUAGUAUAGAGGAAAAGAAACAGAAAAUCGCCGAUAUUAAAAAGAACAUCCGAGAUGCGAUUUUGACGAUUACGGGAGCCAUGAGUACGCUAACACCGCCUAUAGCCCUUGAGCAUCCAGAGAACCAAUUUAGACUGGAUUACAUCCAAGACGUCUCGAGUUCGCCCGAUUUCGACUAUCCAGAGGAAUUUUGGGAUCACACAGAGGUUUUGUGGAAAGAUCAAGGAGUGCAAACGUGUUAUGAAAGGUCAAAUGAGUACCAACUUAUAGACAGUGCAAAAUAUUUUUUGGAUAAAGUAAAUGUAGUCAGGCAACCAGACUACAGUCCCACGGAACAGGAUAUACUGCGGUGUCGAGUCUUAACAUCAGGUAUAUUUGAAACAAGGUUUCAAGUCGAUAAAGUAAACUUUCACAUGUUCGAUGUAGGAGGCCAAAGGGAUGAAAGGCGGAAAUGGAUUCAAUGUUUUAAUGAUGUUACAGCAAUUAUUUUUGUGGUAGCGUGCAGUGGUUACAAUCUGGUACUGCGGGAAGAUCCUAGUCAAAAUAGGCUUAGAGAAUCUUUGGAACUGUUUAAAAGUAUCUGGAAUAACAGGUGGUUGAAAACAAUCUCAGUUAUUCUCUUUUUGAACAAACAAGAUUUACUAGCAGAGAAAGUGAGGGCAGGGAAGUCAAAAAUUGAAGACUAUUUCCAAGAAUACGCAAAUUAUACUGUACCGGCAGACGCAACAACUGAACCAGGUGAUGACGAUCAGGUUACCAGGGCGAAGUAUUUCAUCAGAGACGAGUUCUUGCGGAUAAGUACAGCCAGUGGUGAUGGCAGGCAUUAUUGUUAUCCACAUUUUACAUGCGCUGUGGAUACUGAAAACAUCCGAAGAGUGUUCAACGACUGCCGUGACAUCAUUCAACGAAUGCAUCUCAGGCAAUACGAGUUAUUGUGAUAUUGGCCAACCAUUAACACACCACUUAAAAGUAAAGAGGACAUUCUUAACCUCACAUUCAUCUUUUUGAAUGUUGCAGCUCUUAAUUUGUGGCUUUACUCAGUCUCUGAUUGAAAGAUUAAAAAAUACUGUAAAAAAGAGGCCACCUAACCAAAGAGCAUACUAUGUACAAAGUUCUAGCUUUGUGAUAUAUAAAAAAAAUAAAAACAAAAAAGGGGAACAAAAUUUUCAAAAAAAGUUGAUAAUGUAGGGAAAAAACAGCAGUAAGGAAUUGCACAGGGAAUUUCACAUAACAACCUCUAUUUGAAAAAAACACACAAUUUCCCCACUUUUACCAUAAGUGUGGCUAAAUCAACACCUUAUACAUGCACACACCUGGUUUGGUUUUAAACUGACCAAUCAGGACGAAGGUUACAAAAAAAAAUCUUGUAAGAAAAACAAAAUCCGUGUAGAUGAGAAACAUGCUGCUUUGAGAAGGGAGGGCGUGUUUCUUUUUUCCUUUUCUUUCACAGCUGUAUGUAGGAGCUCUGUAAUGAAUGGAUGUAUGCUUAACCAGAGUGGUACUCAUAUCUUUGAUUUCUGUCAUUGUAUAUAUUGUUGGCAAAUUGCCAGGGAUAUUUUUCUCUCCUUCUCGUCCAUCAAGGUCAGUUUGAUUGUGUGUUUGGGGGGAAGGGUGAAAUUGCUACAGAAAAGUACAUUAAAUUGAUUUUUUUUUUUUUAAAAUACAUUGAAGUGAAAAACAAUACCUAGAGAUAUCCAAAUUUGUUUUCUGUAGUAAGGUAUUUUUUUUCGCAGGUCCCCUGACCCCCUCUUUUUUUUUUAUUUGGGUCACUCUUGAUCCCAUUAUCUGAAUAGCGUGUUUUACAAUUGAAAAUUGUGAUUUAGGUGGAUGUUGAGGUAAAAUUUACUUAAGUGAUGUAAUUGAAGAAUGAAUAGGUUUUUACAAAUAAAUUUAUUGAGUCCCACAAAUUUGGUUUAACAAUAAAUUAAUUAAUAUUAAUUUUAAUAAUAAUAAUGAUAAUUAUUUUACCAAGGUUCCCAUGCUCUAAAGAGAUCUAUUGAGUAUUUUUCUUUACAGGCAAGACAUUUUAGAAGAGUUUGAAAUUUGUUGUCAUUGAACACACAAUGCUAUAUUGGCUGUAAAUUGUUUAUACAUGGCUGUCUCAUCAUUAUUUGAUGGACCUCAUGGCAGAAAAUGGGAAACUUUUAUUCCCGUUCUGUUUUCUAAACAAGACGUUCUUUCCUUUUUUGUAGAUUUUUUGCAAGUUUUUGACUCUUCAUCCCCUCUCUCCCCAACAAACAUUUUUUUCAUAGUAUUUACCGUAUUUGUUGGCUAUAUUUUACGUGUCAGCGUUCUACUUCUCGCUUAAAUUUUUGAGUAACAAACUUACAAACCUGGGGCUCUGACAAAGUGUUUGAACAGUCACCUGUACUUAGAAAGUUUUCUUCAUAGAAAAACAGAAACAAUGUAUAAAUAUCAACACAUAUCAAGGUCAAGCGUUCGGCUUUAAAGCCUCCAAACAAGGUCAAGCGUUCAGCUCUAAGCCCUCUAAAUGAGGUCAAGGGUCAGGUGCUGGCUCUAAGCCCUCUAAUCAAUUCUCACUUAAAGAUUGACCACCCAACUCUUUGAUAAGUUUAUGCUGUUGUGACCAUGUGUAUUUUGGUUACAGCAAUAAGCCUGUCUAUUGUUUCCUUGAAUAGUAAUCAACACCAUACAAUAAAUAAAUCUAGUCAAUUUCCUGUUAUUUUGUUUUAUGUUAAUCUAAUAUGCUUUUGUUUGUUUUCUUAAAUUGGUGGUCUUUCCUAACACUGAUCUAUGUAUUUUGUUGUACUUGAUAGGCACCAAUGCUGUCAAAUUAAAAUGCCACAAAGUUCUUUCAGUGUUCAAAGAGAAUUGGCUAAUUUUAUUGGCCUCUAAAUUACUUGGCUCUUUUUGUGGUCUUCAGAAUUCCCCUGUCAAUGUGGAAGUCUAUAUAUUAUUUCACAGAUCAGAUUUUUUUUUAAACAAUUAUUAUUAUUUAAUGGAGGAACUUAAAGGGCCAAUCACUUGCUAGCUUUCAGAAAAUAUAUUCAGUUUUAAUAUAUUUCCCUGCAAAUUUGAGCCCUUCUUGUCGUUAUUAUCCACUUUGAUUUGUGCAAUUGCAGGAGAGGACAUUUUUUAUGGCGAAAUAGGAAAAAGUAAAUUAACAGAAAAAAAACUUUAAAAGUACUACUAUAACGUGAUAUGAAAGAAAACUAAAUCAACUGUAACCUGUAGUAGUAAUUUGUGCUUGAAGUAGCUUUAUUUGAUUGAAUUUGGCUCUUUUAUUUGUCAUGCUUAUUUACAAUUGAUCAAAUUGGUAGUAUUUCACUUUUCUCCACUCUUUGCACCCCUACAAGCAAAUGGUACAUUCCCCAUUACCACUGAGUUCAUCCAUUUUACAAUGUUUUGGAGGGGGGUGAGAGCGGUCGGAGGUGGGUGCUUGUCUGCCAGAUGUUCAUGCUGUUGCAAACUAGAAAUACAUACAGACCAUGGCUAUGAGGCCAAGCCAGGAUGCGAGUAAGUGUAGGACAAGUUAGGGGGAGAGAAUUUGUAACUUUCUAAAAGAAAAAAACACACAAAAUGAAUCAAAAAACUUUUGACAAUAGUUGAAUCUUGCAAUUGUAAUUUCACCCAUGUAAAGUAUCGCUCUUUCCAAAACACAGUGCAUCUGCAUAGUUCGCGCUUAACAUUAUUCUACAAUAUGUAUGGUGUCAGAUCACUAUGGCAACACACCAAACUGUCUAAAUUAGCCAGUUAUUUCUACAUGUUGAAUGUUGUCAGUAUGCGUUUCUUUUUUCUGCGGUACUGAUACAACACGAGCGAAUAAAGUUUGCCAUGCCAGUUGUUUUGAAGAGAGCUGUAACUGAUGGCUAUACGGCUUGUGUGGAUCUGAUGCCACCAAGUCACUUGUAACAUGUUGCCUCCCAACAACCCCUCCCCUCCCCUCCCAGUCUUACCACCAUUUUGGUGUCAUUUAUAUCAUAUUUCCAAUGUUUGGAUUAUUACAUUUAUCUCAAAUAUGGGACGAGAGGUAGGGUUAUGACUGGAAUCUACAACUGAUUUUGCUUUUGCAGAAUCCUGUUAUUUUUGCCUAUUUGCAAUCCCGUGUUUGUCUUCAUAUGAAAUUGAAAACUAUACCAAAACAGUGGAAAUAGUGGGUUUGAAAUUUACAACAUUUUAUACUGGUGAAAUGCAGCACAUUCAGAAUGGACUGCUGGUAUCAAUGAUACGCCGAUUGGAUCAUGGCUUGCUGCUUAUCUCAUGUUUUAUUCCCAUGAUGCAAUGCACAUUUUAAAACCUCACUUUCUGUAUAACAAUUUGUUUUUCACUGUAAAAUGACUUUUUGAAAGAAAAUUUACAUUUUAUGAUCGAACCUCAUCGCUAUUUUUGUCAUAAAUGGCCUCCACUGGAAAAAAAAGUUAAAUUUAGGGGAGAAAGGGGACAAAAACUGUUGGGAGCUUUUUUUUUUUUUUAAAAAAACUGUAAAGGAGUAACGUGUCCUUGUGUGUCCUCAAUUGUGUUUUGAUUAUUUCUGUGCAGAGCUUGUUUGUGUAAAUGUGAAGACAAAAGGAAAUGCUAGAAUUGAAUUCGGGAUUUGCUGAUUGACGGAACUUUUGUAAAAAAAAUUAUAUAUAUCCUAAUAAGUCAUGUGUAAACAAGUAGGAAAAAUAUCAUUUUAGUUUUUUUUUUAAAAAAAAGGAACAUUGCAACAGCAUGAGCUAACCUGUCUUUUUGAUCCAUCACUCAUUUCGAGUGGUUUACUUUGAAGCUAGAUUACUUAGAUUGAGCAAAUUUAGUUCCAGUUUUUUAUUUUCAUGUUCUUAUCACUGAACUAGCUUUGUUGUUACACAUGAUCUUUGUACGCAUACAUCCAGAAUAUUCUUUUUUGUACCAUGGUGCCCAUAGCAACGAUCAUUGUCAGGGACAAAAUCUCGCUUUUCUUUGGAUGUGUAUAUAAAGAGGAAUCCAAUGUAUGUUUAUCUUGUAGUACUUUUCACCAUGGUACACUAUUUCUACCACGUUGGUUACUUAAUCGUAUUUCUCUCAUACAAGAGUUGCGCGAUAAAGCCACGGUAGUAUUUUCCACAUAUACAAUAAUUUUUUUUUUCUCUUGUGUAUGUGAAACCACUAUUUAUAAAAAGACCAGAAACAAGCAUAAUAAAUAAGUAUACAGACACUUGACAUUGACAUUGCUAUUGCCUAUAGAAAGUCAUGCUGUUAUUUUUUAGAUAGUUUGCCAUGUUCGACAUAAACAUUACAACCUGGAAAU